AACCCUAGAGCGACCAGCAUACAUAUCAGCGCCUCAAUCCUCUCGUCUCUGUUUGCAGCCAUGGCGGAUGUUGAAAAAGAGGUCGCACCAGGGCAGCCGAAGAAGAGAACAUUCAAGAAGUUCAGUUUCAGAGGAGUUGAUCUGGAUGCACUCUUGGACAUGUCUACUGACGAGCUUGUAAAGCUCUUUCAUGCUCGUGCUCGUAGAAGGUUUCAACGCGGUUUGAAACGUAAGCCUAUGGCAUUGAUAAAGAAGCUUCGCAAGGCGAAACGGGAGGCCCCACCCGGUGAAAAGCCAGAGCCAGUAAGGACUCACCUUCGCAACAUGAUAAUUGUACCCGAAAUGAUUGGCAGCAUUAUUGGUGUCUACAAUGGGAAGACCUUCAAUCAAGUUGAAAUCAAACCUGAAAUGAUCGGUCACUAUCUUGCUGAAUUCUCAAUCAGUUACAAGCCUGUUAAGCAUGGGAGGCCCGGUAUUGGUGCUACUCACUCCUCAAGGUUCAUUCCUCUUAAAUGAAGAGUACAAGCUCGUCUCUUUUCUAGUUAUGGGUGUACCUUUCAUUUGCUGUGCCAAACUAUUUAUAUAGUUUCUAGAUGAUAUUGCAAUGCUUUUUCUGAUAUCGCUGAACUAGGCAUGGAUGUUGUUUCCAUAAAAAAAUUAGUGAGCUUUGUUAUUUCUUAUCCUCUUCAUCGGAGUUAAGAUGUAUUGGAAAAUGUUUGGUUUAUUGGAGUAGAAAACAAAACAAAAUUUAACUGCUUUUAAUGGAGUACCAGUUUUCAAUAAUUUGAACGUGUUAAAGGUUA